ACCUCCGCCCCCAUCUUCCCUACUCUCCCUCUUCCCAACUUGCCGACGGCAUUGAUUCGGUCAGGGGCUACCCUGCCAUUCUGAAGGCAAGCUCGCCAACUUCUUCAUUUCUCUAACUGAGAAACAGCACCAGUGCCAUGAGUGACAAUGUCAAAGUUGCCGUGCGGGUGCGGCCCUUCAACCGGCGUGAAAAGGACCGCAAUGCUCAGCUCUGCAUUGAAAUGAAGGGUGCACAAACCAUCAUCCGUGGUGACGCAGGCGAGAAGAAGUUUACUUUCGACUACAGCUACUGGUCUCACGAUGGGUUUGAGGAACGAGAGGAUGGCCUCUUGGUUCCAACUUCACCAAAAUAUGCCGAUCAACAGCGUGUGUUCGAGGAUUUGGGUCAGCUCGUUUUGGAGAAUGCCUGGGAAGGUUACAACUGCAGCCUUUUCGCCUAUGGCCAGACCGGCUCUGGCAAAUCCUACUCCAUGGUGGGCUAUGGCGUCAAUCGAGGCAUUGUGCCCAUUUCGUGUGAGGACUUGUUUCGUCGCAUGCAAGAACAGGCCGACAACCCAAUGAUGCGCUUCAAGGUGUCUUUCUCCAUGCUCGAGAUUUACAAUGAGCAGGUUCGCGACUUGCUCACUACCAAGAACAAGCAAGGUGGCCUAUCCGUGCGUGAGGACCCCUCUCAAGGCCGCUUCGUCGUGCGUGAUCUCAAGAACGCAAAGGUCGAGUCCUACCGCGACAUCGAGCAUCAGAUUGAGAUUGGCACCCGCAACCGAACGGUGGCCUCAACCAACAUGAAUAGCACCAGCUCGCGCGCCCACACCAUCAUCUGCAUCACCUUUGAAAAGAUCACCAAGGAUCCUGAUAGCGGCCAGGAAAUGUCCAAGCGCUCCGAGAUCAACCUUGUGGAUUUGGCAGGUUCCGAACGUGCCGACUCGACUGGUGCCACCGGCGAGCGUCUCAAGGAGGGCAGCAAUAUCAACAAGUCCCUCAGUACUCUGGGCAACGUCAUUGCCGCCUUGGCAGAGAAUCGCAAGGGCGCUCACAUCCCUUAUCGUGACUCAGUCUUGACCAAGUUGCUAAAAAAUGCUCUCGGUGGCAACUCCAAAACCAUCAUGAUCGCUGCCCUCUCCCCGGCCAGCAUCAACUACGACGAAACGCUGAGUACGCUGCGUUAUGCCGAUCGCGCCAAGCAGAUCAAGAAUAAGGCCGUUGUCAACGAAAGCCCGACCGAAAAACUCAUUCGUGAGCUCAAGGAGCAGGUCGAGGCGCUGAAGGCUCAGCUGGGUGGCAACAUUCCAGCGGCCCCGGGUGGUGAUGGAGCUGCCUCAGUGGACGUUGAGGCUCUGCGUCGUCAGAUGGAGGAGGAAAUUCGGUAUAUGGAGGCUCUUUCCAAGGAGAUGGCGUUUCAAGAGGAUCGAGAGACAGGCUCUCGCGAAGAGGCUGAUGCCCAGCACGCAGAGCUGGAGGCAGCCAAGCGCAAGCAAGCAACCGUGUGCCAUUUUAUUAACCUCAACGAGGAUCCAGCUCUGGACCGAGUUAUUCGACAUUUUGUGGAGGGGGACACUGUGAUGGUGGGCAAGUGGUCUGAGAAUCAAAACGAGGCUGAAAAGCCCGAUGUGGUUCUCAGCGGCCUGAGCAUCCGCAAGCACCAUGCCAAAGUUUUGCAGGCUGAUGGAAAGAUCACCAUCGAACCGGGAUCGGCCGUGGCCGAGACCAAAGUGAAUGGUGUCAAGAUUGACAAGCCCACUGACCUACGCCACAACGAUCGCGUGCUUUUUGGCACCAACAACCUCUUCCUCUUUAUCAACCCGCAGCAUCCUGAACCGAGCGAGGGAACACCGGAAACGGUUGAUUACGAUUUUGCUCAAUCGGAGCUUGCUCGGGCCUCAGGCUUUGACAUGGACGGCAAGGAUCCGGAUGAGCAGCAACGCAUCGAGGCCUUGCUCGAGAUGUUGCCCAUGAUUGCUGAGGUGAACGCCAUCAGCGAUGAGAUGCAAAAGGCCAUCAACUUUGAAGUCGCGCUGGUCAGCUCACAGCUGCUGGACACUACCGGUCUGAGCCGCACACACACCACAUCCACUCAAGUGAUGAUCAAGGGCAAGGAGCGAGAGACGGGUAACGAGUGGCUUCUGGACCGCGGCGAGUUUGUGGAGCGUCGCUUCCGAAUGCAAGAAAUCUAUCAAGAAUGGUCCUAUGACCCCGAUCAGGAGGCCCCUCAGUUUGGUCCAGCCGUGGAUGCCACGGAUCCCUUUUAUCUAGAGCAUGCCACCUUUGUGGUGGGCGUGUCGGCUGUCUUUGUCAAGCAUCUGGCGCACGCUCUUGACUUUGACGGCGAGUACGACAUUAUCGAUUAUCAGGCACAACCCCAGGGCAAGGUGGAGGUCUCCUUCACCCCGUGCAUGGCGGACGGUGCCCCCUUGGCGGAUGACUUUGAUCUAGAGGACCCCUCGGAUCUGAUUGGCCAGGCCUAUUACAUCAAGGUGGGUAUGGGGUGGGGCUGUGGCUGCGCGGUAAACGAAUCGUUUUUUGACUCUUCGCCUGGGUUCCCUUGCUCAUCCUUGGCUCGGCCAAUCAUGUAUAGGUGGAUGUCCGGUCGGCCUCGGUCAUGCAGGCCAAAUUCUCAAACGCAUUAG